GAACGCACGCAAUCAGAAUAUCCAUCGACGCCUUCCUUCUACCUUCCCCCUUUCCUCCACGAAUCCGAUCCUUCUUCCUCCCUCCUCCUCCUCCUUCUAUCCGUCUCCAACCCCUCCUCGUAGAUCCGACUCCGAGCCACCUCUCCCCGGCCUCGCCGGUGAUAUCCUCCCGAGAUCCACCCGCACGCCAACCGCCGCGUCGCGAGGUUCGGAUUUGUGCCAGGGUGUGAGGAUGGGGGCGUGGAUGUCGCGGGUGUGGUUCGUCAUGUUCCCGGCCAAGGAGUACAAGAUCGUGGUCGUGGGGCUCGAUAACGCCGGGAAGACCACCACUCUCUACAAGCUCCACCUCGGCGAGGCCGUCACCGCCGCGCCCACCAUCGGGAGCAACGUCGAGGAGGUCGUCUUCAAAAAUAUACGCUUCGAGGUGUGGGAUCUAGGAGGACAAGAGAGCCUACGCACUUCAUGGGCAACAUACUACAGAGGAACUCACGCUGUGAUUGUAGUAAUUGACAGCACCGACCGUGCUCGCAUCAACAUCAUCAAAGAUGAGUUAUUCCGGUUGAUUCAGCAUGCGGACCUUGACAACACGGUGGUCCUCGUGUUUGCUAACAAGCAGGAUCUCAAGGAUGCCAUGUCGGCGGCUGAGAUCACUGAUGCACUGUCGCUGCACAGCAUAAAGAACCAUGACUGGCACAUACAGGCCUCGUGCGCGAUCACGGGCGAGGGCCUCUAUGAUGGCAUGGGCUGGAUAGCUCAGAAAGUUGCUGGAAAGGCCACGGCGAGCUGACCACAUAAACAUUCUGUAUUUUUUGUGAGUUUGCUGGAAGGAGGCAGGAUGGGUUUGUUGCUCCUGCCACUUCAGUGUUUAUUUAUGUUGUUGCAUAUCUGAAAACCGUGUCUGUACCCUCACCGAUCUGAAUAUAGAAGGCAAAAUCUCACGCCAUCUUAUAUGAUUAA